CCAACUUUUUCGUUUGAAAAGACGUGGCGAUUUCGUGGCCACUUUCCCACUUACAUAUUACAUUAAGCGAUCAUUUUUGGGGGACUUGGGAAAUUUUAGUGUAGAUUUGUAUGUCGGUCAAACAGUUGUCUUAUAUAUAGUUAAUAUUAGCUUGAAAUAAUUUAAUAAUUCAGAAUGUUCACAAAAACGGUGAUAGUAUUCAUGACAAUACUCUCCCUUGUACUUUCGGAGGCCGAGGAAGAUUCUGGUCCGAAACUUUUAGUUUCCAAACAAAUCCUAAACAGAUAUUUAGUGGAAAGUAAAGACAUUGAGGUUAAAUAUACUUUGUACAAUGUUGGGACGUCGGCAGCUGUUGAUGUACAUCUUGUUGACAAUGGUUUUCACCCCGAAGCGUUUGAAGUAGUCGGAGGUCAUUUGAGAACCAAGUUUGAUAGAGUUCCACCCCAGGCCAAUAUCACACAUGUAGUCGUUGUACGACCUCUCAGAUACGGAUACUUCAACUUCACGAGCGCCGAGGUUUCAUACAAAUCAUCUGAUGAUGCAUCUGCCAAG